AGACCGAGACUCGAGACAUUGGAGUGGUGUCAAAAUGGCGGGAGCUUGGCGGCGUGCGGUCCCUUGAAAAACCUUAAUAGCACCCCACACAGGACCUGGCACUAGGAACCCCGGUGCAGGAGAGGAGAGAAGGAUACUAGGAACAAGAUGGCGGGUCAUUUCACAAGCGAGAUCCUCAAAAUAUGCGUUGGUCAGAUUUGCCAGACGAUCGGGUACCAGGGGGUCUUCAGCACUCCCCUAGAAGUGCUGACUGACCUCAUGCACCGCUAUCUGUCUGAGCUCUGCCGACUUACCCAUAGAUACACCGAGCACUUUGGCCGCACAGAACCCUCCCUGGACGACCUUGGCCUGGCGUUUAUGGACAUGGGGAUCUCCGUGCCUGAGCUGGAGGACUACUUUAACAAUGUGGACUGCCCCCCUUUCCCUCAUACCCUCCCCGCCCUGCCUGUGCCCCGCCCCUCAAAUCUCAACUUCCUUAAGCCCGCGAGGGAGAUCUUGUCGCGUCCUAUACACGUUCACGAGCAUCUGCCUCCCAUGUACCCGGAGAAGGAAGAGGAGGAGGUGGAUGUGAAGGUGAAUGCCGGCCUGGAUGAUGGCGGGAUGGGGGACGCUUCCUCCCCCACCCUGUCCCCCCAGCCAGCACUCAAGAGGCCAGCUGACUCUGAUGUGUCCCCAGCCAAGAAGCCUAAGUUUUCUCUGGACGACGAGGGUCAGCCAGUGAGGGAGAUAGUAAGUGUUAUGAUGACCACCUCCGGCUUCAUCUCCUCGGCGCGGGAAGGGAAGCUACCCGAAGCGUGCUGUCCAGAUAUUCCCAUGGCCACCCCGCGCAGCACCUCCCCCUCCACUGUGGGCAAGAAGAAACUCACUGUGGAGAAGCUGAUCCGCCAGAAGAACAGUCAGGUGGGGCUUGGCGGGGCACGGGGUGGUCCAGCACGGCCGCCCCGCCCCAACAAAGUGAAGGGGAACAAGGAUAGAGUGAUUGGAAAGGGCCUCAAGAUCCCCAAACUUUCAUCGCGCCCCCUGUCGCUCCCAAAGGGUGGCCCCCCAGGUUCCUCCCCCCUGCCACCCAAGCUCAAGAUGCCCCUGCUCAAGCCCCCUGCCCCAAAGCCUCCCAAGAUGCCGUCACCCAAGCCAGCUGCCCCACCCAAGGCAGCCUCCGCCCCCAAAGUCCCGCCGCCCAAGACCAGCCAGCCCCCACACCCACAGAAUCCCAAGUCCGCCUCCCCCAAGAUCAAGGUCCCCAAGCCGCCCCGCACCCCCAAGGCAGAGGGCAAGGCCAAGGGCAAACCACGGGAAGGAGAGAAGGACGGGGAGGGUGGCGGUGGUGGUGGUGGUGGUGGUGGUGGUGGUGGUGGUGGUGGAGGUGGAGGUGGAGGGAAGAAGGUGAAGAAGGAGAAGGAAGGAAGCAAGAAGGAGGGUAAGAAGGAAAGCAAGAAGGACAAGGAUGGGGCGAAGCGCAGCAAGGAGGCACGGCGGGACAAGGACAAGGACAAGGAUGGCCGCAAGGACGGUGGCAAGGAGACCAAGAAGGAGAAGGAAAUGAAGAAGGAGCGGGAUAGAGAGAGGGAGAGGGAGCUCAUUAUUGCCCUGGCCUCCUCCUCCGCCGUCACCGUCACCUCCAUCCCUGCCCCCACCAAGCCCCAUGACGCCCCGCCGCCUCCCGGCCCUGAGAAGGCUGAGGGCAAGUCCAAGCUCAGCAUCUUCAAGAAGAUAAAAAACAAGGAUGCCCGGGAAGACCGCGACGGCCCCGGCUCCAAUCCACCCCCUGCCCCAGCCCAGCCCUCCAGGGACAGCUCCCCCGACCUCAUGAUUGACGAGACGCCAGGUCGGGGCCAGCGCCGGCCCCCUGAGGAGCCGCCCCCUGAGGCACCACUUACCACCCCCGAGGAGAUGCCGCGCUCCCCGGCUGACUACCCCGCCUACCAGGAGGACCUGUCACCCCCCACCACACCCUCCACGCCCCGCACCCCAGAGGUGCCCGCCCACCUUCCACCCCACAGGUCCCCAGAGAAGCGGCGGGGCCGGGACAAGGGCCGGGAGAAGCGGCCCCGCAAGGACCGGUCCAAGUCCCCCAAGGGUGGCCCCUUCAGCCCCGGCCCCAGGGACACAGGGGAGCCAGAACCCCCAGAGCGACCCAAGACUCCCGAGGUGGGGCUGCCCAUGGAGGACAUGGGUGUGCCCCCCGGCGCUCCAUUCCUGCCUGCCUUCCCCACCGCCCCGGGCUAUCCUCCAUUCUCCAGGUUUCCCUUCAUGCCCCCGUUCGGCGGCCCUCCGCCCCGUCCCGGCAUGGUGCCGCCGCUGCCUGACCUGCGCCUGCCGCCCCACCACCCCUUCCUGCCCCGGCCGCCCCUCAAGCGCCCACUAGAGGAAGAUCGCCUCAGCAACGUAGAGGACACCGACCACCUGGAGCGCCCCCCUACCCCCCGCCAUCCCCGGGAGGGGAGUCCCCUCAUGAUGCGGGGCCAUGGCUCCCCCAUGCGCUCCCCGUCCCCCUCCACUCCACCCCGGCCCCGCACCCCUGCUCACCACUCCCCGCCACCCCAGGCCCUGCCUCGCCCCACACGUCCUGAAAAGCCGGAGAAGACAGAGAAAGAGAAGAAAAAAGAGCACAAGAAAGAGAAGAAAGAGAAGGAGAAGGAGAAGGAGAAAGUGAAGAAGAAGAAGGACAAGAAGGAUAAGGAAAAGGAGAAGGACAAAUCUGAUAAGAGGAAGGAGAAGGAGAAACUGAAGCAGGAGAAGAAGGACAAGAAAGGGAAGAGAGAGAAGGAGGAGGCUGGGGAGGGACCUAAGAUUACUAUGAAACUGCCAAGUCCUACCAAUGACACCCCCAUGCCUACCACCCCCAAGCUUCACACACCCUCUGCUGGCAUGGGAGUAAUGCCAGCAGUGGGAGGGAGUCAGUAUAUGAACGUAAAGGUCAUCAAGCCGGUGGUGAAGCACGAUGAGCCACCGCCACCACCGCCACCCAGCACCCAGGACGACCAGCCAGGCUCCCCAGAGAUAGCCAGGAUCUCGGCACUCAUCACCCGGCCACCACGCAGCCAACAGAAGCGAGCAGAGAGUCCCCCAGCACUCCCUGUCCUCAAGAUCAAGGACGUGCCCAACCCGGUAACCAAGCACAAGGAACCCAAGGACUCAGGUCACACGCCGGCCAAGGUCAAAGAAGUACCGCCCCUCAAGAUCAAGAACCCCACCACCACCUCCAGCAAGACCUCAAAACUUGCCUCGGCCACCCCCAAGCAGUCUGUGGCCAAGCUCCCCACCUCCCCCAAAGCCAGCACUGGUCCCAAGCCACAGCCGCCCCCCACACCCAAGCCCAUUGACGACAAGAAGGCUGCAGGAAUCAAGAAACCACGAGAGAAGAAGGAAAAGAAGGAAAAGAAGAAAGAUGUCCCCUCGCCAUCCUCCAACCCCCUCGUGGGCAGCAUUAGCAAACCUAGUAUGGGGGCGGGGGUGACCGGGGGGGAGCCUUCCUAUCCCGCCCACUCCCCAAUGCCCCUUGUCUCCCCACCCCUGGAGACACCCAAACCAAGCAAGAAGCAGGAACAGAAGGGCACGGGACUCCUGACUGAGACUGUGGGGCCCAUCGGACAUUUUGUGGAUGACCAAGGGAAUGAGGUGUGGAUCUGCCCGACAUGUGGCAAGCAGGACGACGGAUCCCCGAUGAUUGGCUGCGACACCUGCGACGAUUGGUACCACUGGGUUUGUGUGGGCAUCCAGGUUCCCCCCAACGAUGACGUCAACUGGUACUGCCCUCGGUGCCUCUCCCAGCACAAGCAGCGCGGCGCUCCCCCUGAGAAGAAGAAGCGAGGACGUAAAAAGAAGUGAUAGAGUCAGCAGGGCAGGGCAGUGGAGGGCCCUGGUGCUGCGGGAGGGACCACUGUGCUGGAGACGUCGCCUCUUGAGUGUUGUGGGCAGCUCUCCUUUCCUUGGCUUGGUGGUUUCAUCUCACUCUUGCAUCUUUGCCAUUAACGGUGAAUUUCUGCCAGGUCGGUGAGGAGAGGAGCAAGUUAAUGUCCCACACACUCGUCAAUGGUGCAUAUUUUUUCUGCACGCUGAAAUCGCUCAGAUAUCUGAGGAUGUACGCCUUGACAAACUUGGUCCAUAUUGGUCUACCUAAGCUUGGCCGGCCAGGGCUGUGGCGGCCGGCUACCCUUCAAGAUCUUUUUAAUAAGUGCUGUUUUGUUCUGGUGCUGCUGUGACGCUACACCAAGACACUGCUGCUGCUGCUGUUGUGUCCUGCAGGGGAAGGCAACCCGAGUGCAUCUUGUGGCCGUACAGUUUUGCUUGACAUACAAGGUGGAAUUUUCUCUUAGAGUUCCUGCAGUGUGGGUUUUGAAUCAACAUCCUUGCAGGGAAGCUGGGAAGGAAUAACUUAGUGCUGGAAGACAAGACAAUUAGUAUCUCCAGAAAACUAACUAAAGAAGACAAGAAGAGGAAGAAAAUAGCAGUGGUCAGCUGUGGACAGGUCAGAGUGAAGGGAGGAACAGUGGUGAGUGAAGACAUAACUGUGAGGAAAUACUGGAUAGAGGCAAGGGAUUCAAGAUGAGGUUAUUGAGGCACUGACACUUUGAACUUAUAACAGAAAAAGACGCCAUGACUGGAAAGUAACCAGUAUGACCAUCAACAAGGCAACUUUCCUUCACUACUGAGAUACCACUGAAGUUCAAACAAGACAGAAAAAAUAGAUGACAAAAUGGAAAAUGACGACAAGAAAUUAAUAUAACCAGGAGUGGACGAGAAAUGACGAAAACUAAAAAAAAAAAAAAAAAAAAUAAAAAAAAAUAAUAAUGAAAAGACACAAAAGAUAACUAUAGGCUGGAGAGGACAAGAAUUUACGACAGGAAGAGAGACAGACAGACAGACGCCCUGUGAAUCAAGAACCAAGUGGAGAGGAUGAGCCAAAGAGUGUGGGUGUGUGGAGAGGAGAGCGAAGCAAGGAGGAGGAGGAGGAGCUGGUCAGGCAUAGUUGGGUCUGGCCAGUGCGUCUCGCUGUGUGGUUGUUGUUUGGUUGGUUUUUGUCAUCGUUGCUGUGUUGCUGUAGAUAUUUGUAUUUGAAAUGGGAGGUAAAUAUAUAUAUGUCAAAGGUUCA